AUGAGACGCCUCAUGCCCAUGGGUUAUCUUCGUGGUCCUCGAAAGGAUCUACCACGAAUCGUGGUGGCGUCGUCGUCCGCGCAAUGGGCUCGACCGCCACACUCGGCGGACUCAUCAGCCUUGGCGACCCGGGCGUCGGCGGACUAUCCCUCCCCCCGCGCGACACGCCCUCCCGGUCUUCCACCGCCUCCCGCACCUCUUCGCCAACUUCUAUCCUCGCUGACGGGCUCGCCCACCCCGGGUCGUCAACUUCGACCUCGCCGCGUCCGUCGUCGAGCCCACGGCGGUACACCCGCUGCAGCCCGCCACGGUCUUCGUCGGUCUCGACGACGAGGUCGACGGCGUCAGGCGGCAGAGGGCUACUGGUCGGCUGCUUGGGGCUGUCCCGCGGGGUGUCGUGGCUCCGGCGCGGGGUGCCGGAGCUUCUGCGCUGAAUGUCGAGGCUACGUCGUAGAGUCUCUUCAGAGCGCCUCUGCCCCGAGCCGCUGCUUCCGGUCGAGGAUUGUGUCCGAAGCGUGGGUGGCGAGCGUACGCCAGGGCUGCCCCGAGUCUGCGAUGGUGACGACGGGCGUGCGCCCUCCCGCUGCAGCCGCGUCCAAUGAAGCUUUACCUCGCCCUGGUCUCCCGUCUCCGCCUUGUCCGCCUCGAAGUCGACGUACCGCCGAUGCGGGUUCUUCGCAUCGUGUUGCUCAUCGAAGUCCGGCUGAGCUCGUCGCUGCGUCGGCGUAG